ACAGACUGAGACAGAAGAAGAGCUGGUGAUCUUGAGCCAAGCCACGCGAUAAGCCUCCAAAUCCACUUGUCCGACACCUCAAAUCCGACUUUGCUUCCCACAAUGGGGAUGGAAGUUACAGACAUUUGUAUGGACAAUGAGCCAAAUUGUGUUAUGAUUUAUUCUAAUGGUGUUUCCUGUGAUUCAAGUCAUGAAACUGCUCCCAUUCAUCAUGAUUUUGCAGAGUCAUAUAAGCACAUUAAUGGGGACCCUGAACCCCAAAUACUGGAAGAGAAAGUGGAAGGAAAGGAAUAUGAAGUGAAGGAAUGUACUACUGAAAGCUCAGUUGAGAUUUCUCAACUCUGUCAAGUCGAGAAAUGUGAGGAGCAAGAGAAACCAAGCUCAAAUUUUGAGGCUGACUUACCUGAGGAGAAGGUGAAAUCUGAAGUCCCCAAAUCAAAGGAUGAUAAGAAAUUAAAAUCUUCUGUUAAACCUGCAUCAAAGCCUGCUGUUGGAAAUGCUCGAACAAAUUACACUGUUCCACAGCCCUUUGCUCUAGCCACUGAAAAGCGUGCUUCAUGUGGAACUCGUCCGUUUGGGACUGAAUCUGAUGUUGGUACUGUUGCGAAUAAAUCGUCUAUUACCAAAAAUUUGCAAACUCCAACUGCUACAAAGCACAACCAGCAGACCUCACUUUUGGUGCCAAGGAAGCCACUGGAACCAGAUAACAAGAAGCAUCCUGAUGAAGAAGAUUCUUGUUCUGUCACUUCCUCUACUGCACCAUCUGCACGAACUGUUAAGUCCAGAGCAAUUGUUGCAUCAGCUCCUGUAUUUAGAUGCACUGCUCGUGCAGAAAAACGGAAGGAGUUUUAUUCGAAGUUGGAGGAAAAGCACCAGGCACUGGAGGCUGAGAAAAACCAAUGUGAAGCAAGGACCAAGGAAGAGCGAGAGGCAGCGAUUAAGCAAUUGAGAAAGAGUUUGAUGUUUAAGGCAAGCCCAAUGCCAAGCUUCUAUCAUGAAGGACCACCACCCAAGGCUGAACUAAAAAAGUUGCCCCCGACUCGUGCAAAAUCACCAAAGCUAGGCAGAAGGAAGAGCUGCAGCGAUGCAGUCAGUUUUUCUCAGGGAGACAAGGGGAAAGAAUCUCGUGGCCGGGGAAACCGUCAGAGUCUUGGUAGUCACAAAGAAGACACUUCCACCAUUCGUACUACUAACAGUAAGGAUCAGAUCAACAUCCAGAAUGGCAAUGCUUCUUUCAAAUUCAAAGAUGAAUCCAAACAAAUGAGAGAGACCAAUGAGUCAAUCUCGCCGAAUAUGAGCGGACUGGUGAGUGGGAAUAUGGAUAUUGCUGUCCAAUCUUGAGUUUCUGGUGAGUUAUCUAAUUUAAAAGAGGGGAUGAGUCUUCUCUUAUUUUCUUGUGGCUGCUCUAGAGAAUGUGCAUUUUAUUUUCCUUACCUGCAAAGACUUGUUGCAGUGGUUUGUGUAAUGUAUGAAGUGUAAAUUUUCUGUAAGUUAUACCUAUACACACAUAAAAAGGUCCUCAUUUGUUAUAGACACUGUUCCUUCAUCUUUCAAUAUUGGAAGAGAUUGCUUGCACUCAUGUUCUAGUAA